CCGUGGAGCACCAGGAAAGGCCUCCCCAGGUUCGACCUAGCCAGGCACUGACGUCCCGGUGUGGCGGUGACGGCCCCCCGCCCCCUGCAGUCCUUGGAGCCAGGGAUUUAAAGAAUGCUGAUGGGAGACCCAUUUUCCUAAAGAACAAUUUGUCAAGGUGGUUGCCACUAUGGAUGAUCAGCAAGCCUUGGAUUCAAUAAUGCAAGAUCUGGCUGUCCUCCAUAAGGCCAGUCGACCAGCAUUAUCCCUACAGGAAACCAGAAAACCAAAAUCUUCAUCACCCAAAAAACAAAAUGAUGUUCGAGUCAAAUUUGAACAUCGGGGUGAAAAAAGAAUCCUUCAGUUUCCCAGACCACUUAGAUUAGAAGAACUGAGUUCUAAAGCCAAAAUUGCUUUUGGACAGUCUAUGGAUCUACAUUAUACCAAUAAUGAGCUGGUGAUUCCAUUAACUACACAAGAUGACUUGGACAAAGCUGUAGAACUAUUAGAUCGCAGCAUUCACAUGAAGAGUCUCAAGAUACUACUUGUAACACAUGGCCAUAUACAGGCUGCCAACUUGGAGCCUUUGCCAUCACUGGAAGAUUUGGAUAAUACAGUAUUUAGAGUAACAGAGAUUAAAAAACGGCUCCCUGUGAUAGUUCCUACUACUAGAGAUAGAAGUUCACCUCCCCCUGGUUACAUUCCAGAUGAACUACAUCAGGUUGCUAGAAAUGGGUCAUUUACUAGUAUCAACAGUGAAGGAGAGUUUAUUCCAGAAAGCAUGGACCAAAUGUUGGAUCCACUCUCAUUGAGCAGUCCUGAAAAUUCUGGCUCAGGAAGCUGUCCAUCACUUGAUAGCCCUCUGGAUGGUGACAGCUAUCCCAAAACUCGAAUGCCAAGAGCACAGAGCUAUCCAGAUAAUCAUCAGGAAUUUACAGAUUAUGAUAAUCCUAUCUUUGAGAAAUUUGGAAAAGGAGGUACUUAUCCAAGAAGAUACCAUGUAUCAUAUCACCAUCCAGAUUAUAAUGAUGGUCGAAAAACUUUUCCAAGGGCCAGAAGGACUCAAGGGAACAGCUUUCGUUCUCCAGUCAGUUUCAGUCCUACUGAUCAUUCAUUAAGUACCAGCAGUGGAAGCAGCAUCUUUACUCCAGAGUAUGAGGAUAGCCGAAUGAGAAGGGGAAGUGAUAUAGAGAAUCCCACUCUGACUGUAAUGGACAUAAGCCCUCCCAGCCGUUCACCACGAGCACCAACUAACUGGAGACUGGGCAAAUUGCUUGGUCAGGGAGCCUUUGGCAGAGUAUAUUUAUGUUAUGAUGUUGAUACAGGAAGAGAGCUUGCUGUUAAACAAGUUCAGUUUGACCCUGAUAGUCCAGAGACUAGCAAGGAAGUAAAUGCACUUGAGUGUGAAAUUCAGUUGUUGAAAAACCUGCUGCAUGAGCGAAUUGUUCAGUAUUAUGGCUGCUUACGUGAUCCCCAGGAAAGAACACUUUCCAUAUUUAUGGAAUAUAUGCCAGGGGGUUCAAUUAAGGACCAGUUAAAAGCAUAUGGAGCUCUUACUGAGAAUGUGACCAGGAAAUAUACCCGGCAGAUUCUGGAGGGAGUUCACUACUUGCACAGUAAUAUGAUUGUACAUAGAGAUAUUAAAGGAGCAAAUAUUCUUCGAGAUUCAGCAGGAAAUGUGAAGCUGGGGGAUUUUGGUGCCAGUAAACGACUUCAGACAAUCUGUCUUUCUGGUACAGGAAUGAAGUCUGUCACAGGCACACCAUACUGGAUGAGUCCUGAAGUCAUAAGUGGGGAAGGUUAUGGCCGAAAAGCAGAUAUCUGGAGUGUGGGCUGUACUGUGGUAGAAAUGCUAACUGAGAAACCACCUUGGGCUGAGUUUGAAGCAAUGGCUGCCAUAUUUAAAAUUGCUACUCAGCCAACCAAUCCAAAGCUGCCACCUCAUGCUUCAGACCAUAGUCGAGAUUUCCUCAAGCGGAUUUUUGUAGAGGCCAAAUUGAGACCAUCAGCUGAUGAACUCUUAAGGCACAUGUUUGCGCAUUACCACUAGCACUCAGUGUUAGUCAGUGCCUCUCCCAGCUCAGACCUACUGCAUUUACCUUCUCUCUAACUGCACUUUUUUCUUUUUUUAAAGAGAGAGAAAGAAAAAAGAGGAAAGAAAAAAGAGGGAAAGUAUUUCUCUUAAUUCUUGGUUUCAUUAAUUUGUCUAAAAAUAAUCUCAAGUUUUUUGUAUUUAGAAUACUUCUCCCCUAUCAGGACUUGAAACUUUUUUUUAUAAUGUACUGAUGUGAUUCUCAGAGAUAAAAGCACUUUAGUACAUAUUCAUCAUUAUUUAAAAAAAAAAAGACAAGCAACAAAAGAGACUGUAAAAUUCUUAAAGAUAAGAUAGCCUUUUCUCAUACUCCUGACACAUUUUUGGUGAGGGGGAGAUGGAAAAAGAUAAAUGAAAUUACUUCUAAUUUCCAUUAUUUAGUGAUAGUAGUUAAAAUAGAUCCGCACGCCUGGGGUUGAGCCCCAGAAUAGAUUAGAUUACUGAUAGAUUUCAAUAAUAUAGACUUCAUCAUGAGUGUGUAUGCCCUGCCAUAUCCUAGCUUCUGCCUGCCACUCCUUUUGCUGAUAAUACAUCUUGAAGUAAAAUAUAAGUUUCUAAGAGGUGUGUUUACUUAACAUACUUAACAACUCUCAGAGAGCCAGAAUUAUAGGUAAAUACACUAUAAUAGAUCCAUAUUUCUAGAGAAAACAAAGCUUAAGGGAUAACCCUCUAGUGAAAAAUAAAGUCACACUACUAUAUUUUUAAACAUGGAAAGUCAGCAAGAAAUUCUCUUAAAAGCAAAAUGUAAGAGGAAAAUGUUUUUCUUAAAUGAUGUGAACAGACCAAAUUAUAUAGGAGACAUCCAAUGAAUAGUCAAAAGGAAAAGGAAAAAAAAACUGUUCAAUAUUUUCUAUUGUACUCUGAGGGGAAAAAGGUCCCCAAUUAAUUGAAAAUGGAGAUGAACUGAAAACAGUCAAAAAGAUAUAUACCUUCUUCCUUUCUUUAGCUACCACUUCCUUGUAUAUAGCAUUAAAUACCAUCCAGUCUAGGGGGAUCCUUGCUUUGAAGGUCUUGAUUGUCUUGGCAGAAAAUGAAAACCAUGCCUUCAUGGUCAUAUAAAGAGCAAUAAUGCACUUGGGGGAAAAAAGCAUAUAAUCUCAAGAGUUAUUCAAUUAUGUACCUAAAAACAACAAUUGAAAAAGAUCGCUUGGAAAAAGAUAAUACCUGAACUUCAAGAAAUAUUCACAAAUUUAGCACAAGGAUUGUCCAAUAGCAAUUACCAUUACUUCAGAACAAGGGAUAAACGUCCCAGAAAAUAGAAAUCCCUUUUUCCCAGCUGCACACUGCAUCUGAAUCACUAAUCAUUCAGCUACAGAACUGAAGUGGAAUUGGUAGAAACUUGUAUAUUGUGUUCCAACCUCAUACGUGAAGAAAAUAAAAUUUAAUGUUUUCCAGUUACUAUGAAGGACCAAGAAAUUCCAGGUCGCAAGUGUCUUUGUAAUGAUGGAGAUUGUGAAGUUUCUCCCUAAGAACACAAAAUGGAAUAUGAACUUUUUUUAGACCCCAUGUUUACAUUGCAAAUGAAAAAUAAGGAAGAUUUCAGUAAUUUGGCUGCUCAUGUUUCUUUACUGUGUAUGGGAAAGAAAAAAUAUUUCCCACCUCAAGGUUUUGAAUUUGAUUAUUCACAUGGGGCUCAUGUAUUAAUAGUAUUGUAUGUGUUUUUAAGGAUUCUUUGAAAAUAAUUUGUUACUGAAACCAGUUUAACAGAUGUAGGUACAGUGAAUGCAAAACUCCUGCAUAGCACACUGUGCUGGAUUAUUUGCAGUUGAUACUCUCAGAAGAAAAAAAAAAGCACAGGUAAAGUGCCAGAAGCUUCUUUUGUGUUCCAAGAA